AUGCCUCCUCGUCGCAGCACUCGCUCUACCGCAGCCUCCACCUCGGCGGCAGCACAGACUGCACCUUCUCCUCCACCAAAACCAGCACCAAAGAGAAAGGCAACAGCUGCAAAGUCAAAGAAGAGAGCAGCUAAAGACGACAACGACGACGAUGAUGAUGUUGGCGACGAUAAGCCAGCAUCAAAACGCCAAAAGACGACCCAGGACGACGAAGACGCGGUGCAACAGGUCGUCAACGGCGACGGCGAUGAUGAAGAGGAAGAGGUCGAGCUCAAACGAGGUAUUGCACCUGUAGACCCAACGACUCACUACGUUGCGACUCACAAAGUAUACACCGAGGGGGACCAGAUUUACGAUGCUAUGCUCAACCAGACCAACAUUUCUGCCAACAACAACAAGUUUUAUGUUAUACAGAUCCUCUGUCCCAAGAACACAGACUCCAACUACCUUGUUUUCACCCGUUGGGGAAGAGUUGGAGAAAAUGGCCAGAAUGCAGUCAAAGGUCCCUUUUCCUCGCCAGCACAAGCAAUCGCCGAAUUUAAAAAGGUCUUCAAGAGCAAGUCAUCCGUUGCAUGGGAGUCCCGUCAUGGCAUGGUCGCUGCACCAGGCAAAUAUACAUGGAUUGAACGCUCGUAUGAAGAGGCCAAACCCGUCAGUAAAAAGGCAAAGGAAGACUACAUCAUUCCCGACUCUAAGCUCGAGCCUCCCCUCCAGCAAUUCUGCAACUUGAUCUUCUCGUCCGACCUCAUGAGUGCAACCUUGAGUGCGAUGAACUAUGAUGCCCAAAAGCUCCCGCUUGGCCAGCUCUCCAAUAACACUAUCCUUCGGGGCUUUGCUGCUCUCAAGGAACUUUCCGAGGUCAUCAACGCACCCAAUGGUCCAAAAGCCAAGUCUUUGGGCGGAUUUGCAAGCGCUUGCGAUACCCUCUCUGCUGCUUACUACUCGAUCAUUCCCCAUGCAUUCGGUCGACAAAGACCCGUACCUGUCAAGACGAAGCAGCAGCUAAAAUCUGAACUUGAGCUCGUCGGCGCGCUCUCGGAUAUGGAAAUCACUCAAAAGGUGAUGGAUGACGAACGACCAACCGACGCCAAUGGCAACCCCAUCAAUCCACUCGACAAGCACUUCCAUAGCCUGAACCUCAAAUUCAUGAACCCAAUAGAUGCCAAUUCGUCCGAGUUUAGCGUUCUCCAAAACUAUGUCACAAGCACGCACGGCCAUACGCAUUCUCAUUACACCGGCAAGAUUCUCCAGGCCUUCCGUGUCGAGCGACACGACGAAAGGGAUCGCUGGGACAAUGCUGGUCAUCAAAAGCUUCAAGACGGGGAACGGCUCCUGCUCUGGCACGGUUCUCGCUCGACAAACUUUUGCGGUAUUCUCAAGCAAGGUCUCCGCAUCGCACCACCGGAAGCUCCCGUGACUGGAUACAUGUUUGGCAAGGGCGUUUACUUUGCCGAUGCAUUUAGCAAGAGCGCAAACUAUUGCUACGCACACGCAAGCGACAAUAUUGGCGUGAUGCUCCUAUGUGAAGUCGCCGCCAAGCCAUUUUAUGAACAGGUUCACGCAAACUAUCACGCUCAGUCUGAAUGCGGCAAAGCCCAAAAACUCGCGACCAAAGGUCUUGGACGCACGCAACCCAAGGAUUGGCAGGAUGCUGGCGAAGCAUUGGGACACGAAGAACUCAAGGGGUGCUGGAUGCCCAAAGACGGUCUCACGAAUGUUGAUUCAACGGCCUACCUUCAGUACAACGAGUAUAUCGUUUACGACACAGCACAAAUCAAGCUGCGCUACCUCAUGAUGAUCAAGAUGAACUAA